AUUUCUGUCAUAAUGUCCUCUGUGUUGUACAGUCUUCAAUGCAUCUGUGGUACCUUAAUACGUCAAUGGGGUAGUCCAUUUGAGGUGCUGACCACGAAGUGUGACUUCAACGUUAGCUAGUUCGUCACACCAUUCACGUCUAACUCGAGUAGACCUCCAACCAUUUUCGAAAUAGAUCAUCUACGUUGGUGAUCUACAAUUGCACGUAUUUGUAAAUUUGGGUUAAAAAUAUACAUCCCGCGAACUUUGAAAGUGGUAACGUUUUUUCACGUGGUUUUGGAAUUCUCCAACUUGCUCUUUUGUAGGGUGUAUUAUACUGUGAUUAUCAUCCUAUCCUGUACAUUGGGUACAUCUUACCCCGAAAAAUAAGGAAAAAAAACUUAUUUUUAUUCGACGGACAAUUACCAGUUCGUAUUGUACCUAUUGCGGACUUAAGUCGUAAAUAGAUCUGCAAUUCAUUAUAUACUCACAGUCUCUAAUCCUAGUAUUAACCAGGUUAAUACUUAAUAACAACUAAUACUCAGAUAUUAUAUUUAAUUUAACGAGCACUGUGCUCACUUAUUUUCAUAUCAUGUCCAAUAACUCCAGUAAAAGAGAAAUUUCACCAACUUCUAAGCCAAAUAAAAGGUCCAAAUCUGUAAACCCUACAAUUGACGACUCAGUGCUUGACUACUGAAAAUAUGUGUAUUGUACACAAAUGUCUCUAUCGUCACCAGAUUCUCCAUGUCGCAGCCCCUCUAUCUCUACGUGCAGUAUGCCAACGGUAAGACUAGUUGACAUACAAGACACCAUACCUACGUGCAUAGAAAAGUCAGCACAGUCUACUAGACAGUAUGUGCUACCAAGGCCUAAAUCUAAAAUUUCAAAAACUAAAGCGGCCUGCUUGAGUAUCUGGGCUACCUGUUCCUCUGAUCUAGAUAUUUCAUCAAGUUAUCUGUUUUGUUGUUUGUUUUAGCACACCAUUAUGUCUAUUGUGCUCACAAACUAUUCAGGCGCGUUUAUGAAGUUUACAACCUUUCGCUGUACGGGUUACAAAAAGGUACAAUCAGCGACAUCAUGGUGGCCGGCAAUAUGCAUUGAAACGAAUGAACAUUAAUCAAAUGUGGAUUAUCGAACUCCUAACAUCUAACUGGUCAUCAUUCAAAAUUUAUCGUCACAAUAGUUCAAGGUAUACAAAAAAGGAAACUUCUUGAAACACUUUAUGCUGAGAAUCCUAUGUUGUACCAAAAAUAUAAUGUUGAAUAAAGCUUCUAAUAAUAGUAAUAAUGGUCCACCUCAUACACACCAAAAUACUGAUAGAUAUAGUAAUGACAUCCGACAGCUACAAAACUCUCUGUCCGAAAUUAACGGCAAACUUGAGCAAUUAGCACCCCUCAUUCAUAUAUGGGGCCUUGACACAGACAGAAAUCUUGAGCAACUCACUAAAGCUGAGUGUAUUUUGGAGUUUGUGGCUGAAGAAGUGAUGAAGAGAGUGAUGUCCUCCUACAAUGCAGUUGUGUAUAACCUCCCCGACCGCACACACCCAUCUAAGUUAAGGGAUAUUUGCCUUAGAGCAUGCGAUAUGCCGAACGUUAACUGCAAAGUCAUCCGCCUUAGAAAAAAGUCAGACAGAUCGACUUGCCCCCUUUUGUUUAUGUUUGGCUGUUGUAACGAUGCUAAGCAGUUUAAUAAUUUGAGCAAAAAUAUUAGCUCACUAAUUCCAUACAAGAAUAUAAAAGUCACUCUAGACCUUACGCCCUGUCAACGUCGUGUAAGAAGACGCGAAGCGAUAGAAUUGAAUGGGAGUGUUACAGUUAAUAAUCAGCCAGAGACAGUUUGCAACACAGCAAAUAGUUUAAAACACACGAACAAUAAGCAUGACACCACUCCACAUACGGCUGAUCACUGUUGAUCUAGAUGAGUCUACAGAUCAGAAACCUUUGGAUAAGAUACGGACCCCAACUGACACCAAAAACCACAACGACAUGACUAAUCCCAGCUGUUCGUUCAGUAAUGUACUAAAAUGUGAGUCGUGUAACAACACACAUCCAACUGAACCUAUACACUUGAAAAUUUGUCCUCCUAAAGAGAUUCCACAAGUAGACUUGAAUGAACGUAAGUUCAUCUCACAGAGACAACGAAAGACUCCAGCUCUGAAAAUAAAGGGUGGGAAGACAAAACUCAUGAUACCGAAUAGGGAAACACGUAAGAUUGAACCUAACUGCUCUAUAGGUAUCCCAAGAACAGUGAACAGGCUCUCCCAGCUGCUAUCGUAUAACUUGCCUUCAACACCUCUAAGCUGCAAAACGGGUGGUGAGCUUCAGCAUAACAAGCCGUCUUACACGCAGACUAACGAAAACUACCAGAGAACUGGCCACUCCAAUCACCCCCUGAAGCCUAAAACCAUUAGUAGGAAUGGUAAUAAUAGGUUUCUCACUCCACACCCUAUCUACAUUCCCCAUAAUCACAACUGUAAUUACUCUCAGAAAGAAAACUUUUCACACCCUUUAGUACCAACCCAUCACAUAAAAACGGUUCCCAUGUAUAAUAACAGUCGCAACUCCUUCCAGUUACGCGUAGCAGACCCUCUCACGCUAUCGUAAAUAGCCAUAACAGAGGCUACGAGUCUAACCAUCAAGACUAUUUUGUAAAUAACCAUACACUUCACAGUAGGCCUGUACAGGAUGUUUUUGGAAUAAGACCCCUAGUGACACCUCUGUUGAAGCAUAUAGCCCAGGUUAUUUCAAACCACAUGUAAACCAUAAAUUUGUUUCCUCCGUACAGUUUCCAUCAGAGAGUACUCCCACCCUUUCCUCCUGGGUAAACUCCCCAAUCAACUUCACUAGCUCAUUUGAUAUAUCUCCCACUAAGUCUAGCUAUCAAAAUACCGAGCUAAUGAAAAAAUAUCCAAUCCUUCACAUCAAACUCAUCUCACACUCGCGAGGGUUACGACGAUUUUAUCCGAGAUACCCUCACCCAUUUUAACUUAGCAGGCCACUUGCUUAAUAUAUGUCUUAUCAACGCUCGAUCGAUCUGCAACAAAAAGACGGAUUCAGCACUGUUUGUAUCCAUAUAUCAAAAAUCACUUAUUAUGAUAUCUGAAGCAUGGACUAACAGUAAUAUUUCCGACCGAAGUAU